AUGGCUCAAGCAUCACAAGAUGAGCUAUAUGCGGUCGCAGAUUUUUGUCUCAUCCCAAUGGGUACUGGAGAGCCUUCGGUUGGCCCACAAAUCGCAGAGUGUCAACGAGUGCUGGAGAAAUCUGGAUUGACAUAUAAAGGACUGAUGCACCACCUCGCUCAGCUCCAUGGAUACGGAACGAAUAUUGGUAUGUUUUUACUGGUCGGGUCACGGCUUGUCUCACGCAGCAGAGAAGAAGGACCGUGGUCAGCGGUUUCCAAGGCCAUCCACGAUUGCCAUGCUGCAGUGCAUGCACUCGGAACGCCGAGGGUUGCAACAGACAUCCGAAUCGGUACUCGGACAGAUAAAGAGAUUGCACCAGGGACAGGGAACGAUGGCAAAGUUCAAAGAGUAGUUGAUAUUUUGGCCCAGGAUAAGAAGUAA